AUGCCAUGCUUUAAACGUUGGACAUUGCACAACCUAUCCACCCUUGCGAGUCCAUUAUACACACUCCAGCCCGCUCUCAUCGUCAUUCUCAACCUCACUCAUCUCCGCCCCUUCUUCAGCGGCGGCGGGCUUCUCGACCUCGAAACCGAAUCGCUAUAUCUCCUCCGCUUCGCGCUCAUGGGGCUCCUCGAAUUCCGACCUCGAUCCGGUGAACCCCGCUUGAGUGACCUCUUGGGCGGGGGACUCGGCGAGCGAGAGUACGACGCAUCCCGGCCUUCGUUCCUCGCUCUCGGCGGGGCUGCUGAGGCGCUGUCACCGUCCCGUGCCCUAAGGGCAACAGGUGAGCGGCUGUCUCUCGGCCCACGACGGUCUACGGGAGAGCGAGACCGCGAGUCAUAUGAUGACCCACGGCUCGGCGACCGACUAAGAGAACGACUGUCGUAG